CAUGGUUUGUUUUUUUCUCCACAGCUGACUCUGGCCUCUUUGCUCAGCUCACCCCUGAGCAGAGUCGACGGAGCUCAGUGGCCAGCACUUCUGGGUGGAUGGCGCCUGAAGUGGUGACAGGUCAACCAUGUGGCCCCAAAGUGGACAUAUGGUCUUUUGGAAUCGUGGGCAUCGAAAUGGUGGAACGAGAAGUUCCUUACUGGAAUGAAACUCCUGUUUCGCCUCAACUCCUGAUAGACAUACGAGGGACACCAAAGCUGCAGCAGCCCAACCGAUUCUCGCCUUGCCUGCGUGACUUCCUGAGCUGCUGCCUGCUGAGAAACGAGGCACAGCGCUGGUCAGCCAAGGAGCUCCUGCAGGCAUGGGGCACCUACAAGCUCUUGGGACAACCUGUGCCGGUGUUGCACCAUGCUCUGAGUAAACAAGUUCUUCCUUAG